AUGGAUGUUCAAGCGUGGUAUUUGCGAACUUCAAAGUUGGCACUAGCCCUGGCCAUUAUCCGCUCGAAACCAGCGGACAGAAGCAGCAGAGAAUACACAGAGCAUCUUGCGAGGGUGGUGUCCGCGCAAGAGUCUAAGUGGAGAUCAAAGGUUGAAGCCUUGGAAACGGAAGUGUUGCUUUUACGCCAGAAACUUCUUCUGAGCAGAAUUUGCUCAGAAUCUCUUAAGAAUGGAAACCCAGCAUCCCAAGUACAGACUCAGGAGCCUACAAUCUCUGAGAAUACAUCAACUAUGCUGGAAGAUUCUGGGUGUGAUUUAUCAAAUGAGCAGCCAACUGAACCUUUAGAAACAUCCCAGCACUCGGAGGAGAACUGUCCCCUCACACCGUUCCCACCACUGCCCAUCAAGAACAGACAUGGUGCCAUGCCACCAAACCCUCUGUCUUCACACAUGCAAUUCCUGCAGCAUCUACUUGAACUGAAGAGCUUGACAGAAUCAGGCAAUCUGAAAACAGAUUUAAGCCAGCUGGAAAAUGACUAUUCUGUAGUAUCUGAUUCUGUUUUUCAGUUGCUGGAUGGCCUGAUCACUUUUUACACUAAUCCCAAAAUUCCUUUUUCAAGAUUUUGGACAGAAGCUGUUGGUACUUUAGCUAGGCUGUUCAGUGAUUGUUACUUAGGGAAUCAUAUUCGUCAAAAGUGCUCCCAGAAGUUGGAAGAAUUUGAGAAAACUCUGCUACAAGUUAUCUUAACCAACAACCAUAUUAAUCGGUUUCAGGUGCAACAUUAUAUCUCUCAGAAUCUGGUAACACUGGGAAGUUGCAGCUUGCUGAGAAAAUCUAUUGUAUCUCUACUUCUAUCAGAAGUAAACAACUUUGCCGAUGACCUGGAAGCCACCAGUCAGGUGCAGGCCAGUUAUGAUGUGAUGCGCUAUGAAAAUAUUUUCUUCUUCUUCUGGGUCCUGGAACAGCUUCUUCAAAAGGAAACUGAAGAAGGAAACACUUCAACUCUCGGGCCUGAUGACCCAGAAAUAAAGAAAUUUCUUCAAAAACAUGAUAAAACUAUUUUCCAGCUCUCCGAUGCAUUCCCUUUGUUUGCCUUUUAUUUUUGGAGACUGGGCAUUCUCUUUAACUCAGCAGAAAUAGAAACUGUUGAAAAUAGCCCACUUCCUUAGCAAUUUAACAGAUAUCAGAAGCCUAGUAAAAUUGAAUGUAUAGAGAACUUGUGUGUAAAGGAUUUUUUAAAAAUAUUUUUAAACUGAGCAUUUUAAAUAGAUUGCUUAAUAAAAUCACUAUUUUAUAGGAUAUGAGUAAUAUUUCUCUAUCAAAACCAGCUAGUUCCAGUUGAGAAUAUCAUAUUCCCAUUUACCAAUAUCUUACAAUAUCAUCUAACAAUAUUAUUUUUUAAUGGGCCUUUAA